AUGAGAUCGAUCUUGACCGCCUUUGCCGCUGCGGCCAUGCUGCUCGUCAGCUGCCGCGCGGCGGAGGACUAUGCCACCGCAGCAGCCUACGACGUCACCCAGAACGGCCGCAUGAUCGGUCAAGUCACGGUCAUCACUGAUCUCAAUUCCAAUCCCAAGGAGCCGGCUUACCAGUUCUGCUUCGGCGAACCGAUCGCUGGCGGCAACGGUGGCCAGGGUGGACAGAAGGACCAGGGCGGCAAGCACAGCAACGGCGGCAAGCACAGCAAGCGCCAGCAGCAGCCGGCUGGACCCACGUGGUCCAUUGAGCGCGUCGAAAAGGACCACAACGAGAAGGUCGUCAUUGCUACUGGAGCCCCCUUCGGAUACUGUUACCCGGGCAACUGGGACCCGAACCAGCCGCAGCGCCAGGCGCUCUCCGAGCUCGAGGCCAACUUCCCGCGUUUCCACUACCGCCUUAUUUUCGAGGGCAAGUCGUACGUCCUUGGCAACUUCAAGUUCUACAAGUGA